UGUGUUUGCCGGCCGGAGACCAAACUUGUUUUUCCGCCUUAUUUCCAUAGCGAACGUAAAAUAGAAUUUCAAAACAAGAAGACACUUUUACUGUGAAACUCAUAGAAAACAAACGUGUCAGUAAUAAUGAAAUCUUUUAUAGAAUAUUCUGCAAACACAGAUUUUCCCAUAGAAAAUUUGCCCUAUGGUGUGUUUACCUCGCCCAAAAACACCCAAAAGCACAUUGGAGUGGCAAUCGGAGAAUGGAUUCUGGAUCUGAAUACAAUCUCGCAUCUUUUUGCUGGACCCUUGUUGAAAGACAAACAACAUGUUUUCAAGGAAGAGAAGUUAAACUCGUUUAUGAGUUUGACGAAACCGCACUGGAUUGAAGCGAGAAACACGAUUCAGAAACUUCUCGACGUCAAUAAUACUAAACUGAAAAAUGACAACGAGCUACGACAAAAGGCGUUUGUCAAGCAGAGCGAAGCAACGAUGCAUGUUCCAGCGGAAGUCGGCGACUAUACUGACUUUUACUCAUCAAUCCACCAUGCUACUAACGUAGGCAUUAUGUUCAGGAACAAGGAGAAUGCAUUGAUGCCUAAUUGGAAAUAUUUGCCAGUCGGUUACCACGGCCGAUGCAGUUCCAUUGUUAUAUCAGGAACGCCAAUUACAAGACCCAUGGGGCAGACUUUGCCUGUAGAAGGAGCGGAUCCUCACUUUGGGCCAUGUCGUCUGAUGGACUUCGAACUUGAAAUGGCUUUCUUUGUUGGAGGACCUCCAACUGCACUCGGAGAAAGGAUUACAGCUAAACAAGCUGAAGAUCGCAUUUUCGGAUUCGUUCUUAUGAAUGAUUGGAGUGCCCGUGAUAUCCAAAAGUGGGAGUAUGUACCACUUGGACCAUUUACGUCCAAAAAUUUGGGAACAUCUCUUUCCCCAUGGGUUGUUACUGUAGAAGCACUCCGCCCUUACAUUGUGAACAACUACCCUCAAGAUCCAGUACCAUUCCCCUAUUUACACCAUGAUGAUAAAUUCAACUUUGAUAUUAAGCUGGAGGUUGAUUUAAAGUCUGAGAAAUCAUCAGUGAUAACUACUAUAUCCCGAUCAAACUACCGCUUCUUGUAUUGGACAGCCAAGCAGCAGUUGGCACAGCAAACUGUGACUGGCUGCAACUUGCGUCCUGGUGAUUUGCUAGGAUCUGGCACCAUUAGUGGUGAUACAUCAGAUUCAUAUGGCAGCAUGCUUGAACUGAGCUGGAAAGGUACAAAACCUAUCCGCCUUCAAAAUGGUGAAGAAAGAAAAUUUUUACAGGACGGUGAUACAGUCAUACUCCGAGGCUACUGUGUCAAUGACCAUGGAGUCCGCAUUGGUUUUGGAAAAUGCGAGGGAAAACUUUUGCCAGCCCUGCCUUUUAAGGAAUAAAAACCAUGUUUUGAUACCAAGAAAUAUUACACCAUUGUGAUUUAGUUUUUUGCCACUUUGUGUCACUGCCAUGUGUGUUUUUAGAGCAAAUUUUGUAAUAGUUAGUCAACAAUAAAUGUGUAUUUUUGUUUUUUUUA